AUGGAUCCCCUGAGCAUCACCGCCGGCGUGCUUGCCCUGCUACACGCUUCACGCAAAGUGAUUGAUCUCCUUUCAACGAUAAACUCCGCGUCAGCUGAAUUACGCUGUCUUACAGUGGAGAUCAGUACCACCCGCGCUCUUCUCUCAAGUAUCGCGGAUAUCGCUGCCAUAGAUGAAACAUGGAACCGGAGUUUACGAAAAUUGAUGAUCAACGAUGGCCCUAUGGAAAUGUUAAAAACACUUCUAUCUAAAUUGGAGCACCGCUUGGGCCAGGAAGUCAACAUAAAGGGUGAGCCAGGGCAUCUGAGACAGAAGCUAACUUGGCCAUGGCGAGCCCAUGACACGCGGGAAAUGGUAAAAAUCGCAAGGGAGGCUAGGGGGUUACUCGCCGAAGCUCUGGCCGUGGACCAUUUCACCAUUUCGAAGGAAAUCCGACAAGAAACCAAAAAGAUCUAUGAGCAUUCUCAGGAAACUUUGUUCCGGCAGAAUGUAAGCGAGCAACGGAUGGUGGUCAAGUGGCUAUCAACUGUCGAUCCGGCCGAAUCUCACCACUCUGCCCGCGCUAAACACGAGCAGGGGACCGGGGACUGGCUGCUUGACUCAGAGGAACUGCGCCUUUGGUUGACUAAUGCCAGGGAGGUGAUUUGGUUGUAUGGAAUUCCAGGAUCAGGGAAGACAGUGCAUUGUUCGACAAUCAUUGAACAUGUUCAAAGAAUCUGCAGAAACGAAGAGAAACCUGUUGCUUUCUGUAUCUAUUAUUAUUUUGAGUUUAAAGAUCAGAAACGGCAAACCUUUGAUGGCUUUAUCAGGUCAGCCAUUGCCCAAAUUUGCCAACAAAGCGCUGUAUUUCCGCGACAGGUAAGGAGACUGUACGAAGACAAAAUUAACAAGGGCCAAGAUCCGAGCGCAGCGACUCUUGUUGAAACAUUCCUCAUACUUUUGACAGAAAUUGGAAAGUCAUAUAUCAUCCUUGACGCUUUAGACGAAUGCCUGGCGCAAAAAGAGAUAUUCGACCUAAUUCAGAGGGUUAAAGACAACAUUGCAUGCUCAGCAAGUAUUAUGGUUACUAGCCGCAUGGAACGGCAGAUCGAGACUGGGCUCCAGGAUCUGGUAACUAGGGCAAUCCCCAUCCGUGGGCCACAAGUGGACCAUGAUAUCCAGACAUUUGUCCGCCAUGUUCUUGUAUCAGAUCCAGUGUUGAGCAAGCGCCCAAUUCAGAUGAAGAAUGAGAUUGAACACGCCGUUGUGAACGGUGCCAGUGGAAUGUUCCGACUAGCAGCAUGUCAACUCGAUGCCUUACGUUCCUGCUUGUCCCCAUCAGCCGUGCGGAAAACCCUACGGUGCCUCCCUCAGACAUUGGACGAGAUAUACGAGCGUAUUCUUUGCGGAAUUGACGAAGAGUCCCGCUCUAUCGCUUCGACAGCGUUGCAGUUUCUAACAAUCUCGGCGCGCCCAGUCAAUUUGGAUGAGCUAUCUGAAAUGGUGGCUAUCAGACCUGGAGUCAGUGUUCUCGUCGAGAUCGAUAGACUCUUUGAUCCUGCAGAUAUCCUGGCUGUAUGUUCCAGUCUUGUUACCAUCUCGAGGGUAUUUGGGGUUCAAUUGUCACACUACUCUGUCCGGGAAUGUUUGACUUCGGACCGGAUAUCGACAGGGCCAGCUAGUUACUUUGCCAUAAAAGAGCCUGAAGCACACUUAGCGAUCGCACAGCGUUGCUUGACCUACCUGCUGUCUUUUGAUCAGCCUGUUAUGCCAGACCAAUUUCACACCUCAUCAUUGGAUGGGUCCUUCGAAACAAGCUACCCCCUGCUAGAGUACGCCACGUUCGAAUGGCAUACUCAUGUACGGCUUCUCCCUUCAGAAUACCAGAACCAGACUGGGCCGAUGAUUCUUCGUCUUUUGGAUCAAGACAACCUCGCCUUUCACCAUUGGCUUUCUAUCUAUCGGUUAGGUGAAGAUGAACACAGUCCUGGAAGUCCAUUAUAUUAUGCUGCAGAGUUGGGAUUAUCUUCCAUGGUUCGCACGAUUCUCGACGCAGGCGCUGAUGUCAAUGUUGUCGGCGGUAUGUUUGGAUCACCACUUGCAGGUGCGGCUUUAGAGGGGCAUAUGGAUGUUGUUUGCAUUUUGUUAGAGCACGGCGCAGAUGUCAACAUUCAAGGUGGCCUGUAUCAUACGCCUCUACAAGCUGCUUGUGUGGAACGAAGACUUGAUUUGUUCAAUCUUCUACUUGCUCACGGCGCAGACAUUAAUAUCGCUGGGGGAUACUACGGUUGUGCUCUCCAAGCGGCUGCCGCGCGAGGGUGGCCUAACGCCGCCCUCCAUCUCACCAGUUUAGGUGCAGACAUCAACAUAAUGGCAGGGCAGUUUGGCACAGCGUUACAGGCUGCAUCGCGAUAUUGCCACGAAGAACUUGUCAUGGAGCUUUUGGCGAAAGGUGCGGACCCAAAUGCUGCCGGUGGCUACUACAACACUGCCCUCCAAGCAGCUGCUCGAGGUGGACAUACUGAAAUUAUUCAUAUGUUGCUGGAACAUGGAGCGGAUGUGCACAUGGAGGGUGGAUUCUGUGGCAGCGCUCUACGUGCUGCUCAGUCUCGACAAAAUCACGCCGCUGUUGAUAUUCUUGAAGCUGAGCUCCGAUUGAGUGAUGCAGACAGGCGUUUAUCGCUAAGAUUGAAGGGGCUGCCCGAGGAAACUGGAAGGGAUCGCGAGGAGAGUCCUCUGUAG